CAACACUUAGUGAGGGAACAGAGCAAGCUGUAGCUUUAUCUACAUUUCCACGAGACCUAAUCUAUCUUAUUGAAGUGGUAAACGCUAGACAAAUAUGGAGAAGAAAAAUGCUACCACCCUUAAUGAACAGAAACUUGAUGAAUCUGCUAAAGGCAAAGAGGAUUCACUUCUCCCCAUCGCUGAGAAGGGACUUUUCUUCCACGAUUCCUUCUUCGAGGAUAUUCGGAAGCACUUUGAGACAGCCAUCGACCAAAUCCUGGAUACGUGGGGAGAAUCUAAAUCCAUGAGUGAUCUCAUGAAUAGUUACAGACGUGUAAGAGAGCGCAAUUUGCAGCAAGAGAACCAAGUCAUGGCCUUCAGCGAAGACGACCAGAAUCACAAGGUUGUACUGGAUGUUCAUGACUUCAAGAGUGGAGAUGUUAAGGUCAGAGUAGAAGACAACCAGGUGGUAGUGGAAGGUCGAGUGGAAAAGGAAGAGGGCGACUUCAAGUCCAUGAAAAGCUUCUGUCGACGUUUCAACUUCCCAGGCGAAGUGAACAUGGAGGCCGUGACUUCCGCAAUGUCUUCCGAUGGCGUGUUGACUGUCACGGCUCCGAAGAUUCCAUAGGCAGCAUAGGAAAACAUAUUUUAGCUGAAAUUGUAAUAUAAUCCUAGAGACAAUGUGUUUUAACGUAUCUAUUUUUAUUUUGCAUAAUGUAAAAAUAAAUCAAGCCUUUCCUCUUUA